AUGUCCUCCGCCGGUGCACAGAGCCCCGAGUACCAGCGGGGAGUCAGCGAUGCGGAGAGGCAUCGAAAGGCAACGGAGGAAAACUGGAUACGGCCGGCCCUUGGCCCAAUCGUGUGGCUGGGCGUGCCUUUCUUGUUGGCGUGGCUGCACAUGCGCCGUGUCUCGCUGGGCAGUCCGUUCGGCAGCAGAUCCCCCAGCGGCAGCGGCAACCCUUUCCAGGACAUAAUGGCUCAGAUGAUGCCCAUUAAGAAACGCCAGUUUCGUGUCGACGUGAAAGGCACCAGGUUCUCCGACGUCGUUGGCAUCCCGGAAGCGAAGGCCGAGGUACGCCAGUAUGUCGACUUCCUCACGGAGCCGAACAAGUUCACUCGUCUUGGGGCGCGGCUGCCGAAGGGAUGCCUCUUGACGGGAGAGCCCGGCACGGGCAAGACACUGCUGGCCAAGGCUGUCGCCGGUGAAGCAAACGUGCCUUUCUUUAGUUGCAACGGUGCGGAUUUUAUUGAGAUUAUGGGUGGCAGUGGACCAAAGCGGGUGCGUGAGCUCUUCGAAGAGGCGCGGGCGGCCGCGCCAGCAAUCGUUUUCAUUGACGAAAUUGACGCCAUCGGUUCCCGCGCCGGUAAGCAGGGUGGCUCCGUCAGCAGCGAGGAGAAUCGCACAAUCAACCAGCUGCUCGCCGAGUUGGAUGGGCUUAGCACGAGCGCCGACCCGAUCGUUGUGCUGGCCGCCACAAACUUCCAGGACAACAUCGACAAGGCGCUGCUGCGCGAGGGUCGCUUCGACCGCAAAGUCGCCAUUGAGAUGCCCGACCUCGCAGCCCGCCGAGAGCUCUUCGAGCACUACCUCAGUCGUAUCUGCACUGGUGACCCAAACGGCCGCACAAAGGACGAGGAGGGCAGAGAUCUGGUGCUGGACACCAGUGUGAGCAACAAGGCUUUGGCAGAUGAGCUGGCGGACCUCACGCCAGGGCUAUCUCCGGCCACGGUGGCCACGGUGGUAAACGAGGCGGCACUGCAGAGCGGAAUCGCCGGUAAGCCGCUCGUGCAGCUGCCGGAUCUGCUGGAGGCACUGGACAACACCCUCAUGGGCCGAAAGCACCGCAAUCGCCAAAGCGACCAAUCGGCUCGCCGCACCGCGCUUCACGAAGCUGGUCACGCCCUCGCAGCGUGGAUGCUGCCCACUGUGCAGAAGGUGUUGAAGAUAAGCAUCACUCCGCGCGGGAACGCGAUGGGCUACACGCAGCGCGCCGGGACUGAGUUUCACGAGUACCAAACAAACGCGACGCUCUUUGCUGACAUGGUGGUCAUGCUUGGCGGCCGCGCAGCAGAGGAGGUGAUGCUAGGCGACGUGUCGGCCGGUGCGAUGGACGACUUGCAGCGGGCCACCGACGUGGCGCUGAAGCAGAUGCUGGCGUUCGGCAUGAGCACACACACGGGGCUAUUGUCGUACCACCCCGACUACACCCAGGCAGGGCGGGACUUCACGACGUUUUCGAACGACGCCCAGUACCGCGCCGAAUUGGAGGCGCAGAAGCUCCUUGCGGCUGCCCAUUCCACUGCUGUGGACAUCAUCAAGCGCCACAAGGACAAGGUGGAGAUUAUGGUGAAGGCUCUACUAGAGAAGAAGGAGCUCUCGACACGCGAUAUUGAGCAGCUCUGGGGCCCGCGGCCGUCGACGCCGACAGUGGAGGACAUUGUGCACAAGGUCAUCGAGGUGACUGGCAGCUACGCCGAGAUCGCUGCGACCGUUGGUCCUACGGCGGCAGCCGUGGUGGCGCCAAACAUGGCGAGAGUGUGUUAG